AGUGACAGGUCACAUGACAGUGUGUAAAUUCCCGCAGCGGUGAUAGUGGGGCAGUAUCACUUUCGGGAUGGAGAGCCGCGGGUGUCGGGGACUGCUGCUCGUGGUGCUGCUGCUGGGAUGUGUGCGCCGCGGUGCCGGCUGUGGACCGGAGACCUGCCCUGUGGCCCCCGAGGGCUUCCUCAAUGUGCACCUCAUCCCUCACACACACAAUGAUGUCGGCUGGCUGAAGACGGUGGAUCAGUAUUACUAUGGAGGACGUAACAACAUUCAGCAUGCUGGGGUGCAGUACAUUCUGGAUUCGGUUGUCCAGCAGCUACUUGCAGACCCCAGGAGGCGUUUUAUCUACGUGGAGAGCUCGUUUUUCUGGCGCUGGUGGCAGAUGCAGAAGGAAUCUGUACAGAGAGACGUGAUUCAGCUCCUACAGGAAGGUCGCUUAGAGUUUAUUAACGGAGGUUGGACAAUGAACGAUGAAGCAGCCGCACAUUACAGUCCGAUUAUUGACCAGAUGACACUUGGCUUGCAGUUCUUACAGUCUACAUUUGGUGAAUGCGGUAGACCCCGAGUGGCUUGGCACAUUGAUCCCUUUGGGCAUUCCAGAGAACAAGCAUUACUCUUUGCUCAGAUGGGGUACGAUGGAUUGUUCUUUGGACGGUUGGAUUAUCAGGACAAAUCGAAUCGAAUGACAACCAAACAGAUGGAGAUGAUUUGGAGGGGCAGCGAUGACCUGGCGGCCCCCACUGCCGACCUCUUCACUGGUGUCCUGCCCAAUGGAUACAACCCUCCUGAUGGCUUCUGCUGGGAUCAGCUCUGUACGGAUGCCCCGAUUAUGGAUGAUGCACGGCUGGAGGACAACAAUGUCGACUUUAUCUUACAAUUGUUUCUGAAGACUGUCGAAAAACAGGCUAGCGAGUAUCGCUCCAAUCACAUUGUUAUGACUAUGGGGUCUGAUUUCCAGUAUGAGAACGCCAUCCCAUGGUUUAAGAACAUGGACAAGCUUAUUGACUUGGUCAAUGCUCAGCAAAUGAAUGGAAGCAAAGUGAACGUGGUCUACUCUACUCCAAGCUGCUACCUGACGGCAUUAAACCGAGCCAACCUGAGCUGGCCAGUAAAGAUGGACGAUUUCUUUCCGUAUGCGGAUGGUGCUCACAUGUUCUGGACGGGAUACUUCACCAGCCGAGCAGCUUUCAAGCGCUACGAGAGGCUCAGCAACAACUUCCUGCAGGUCUGCAACCAGCUUGAGGCCUUAACUGGACCAGCAGCAACACACGGACCAUAUGGGACCAGCAGCAGCUUAACCCUACGGCGCGCUAUGGGGGUAGCACAGCACCAUGAUGCCGUCACUGGAACAGCAAAGCAGCAUGUGAAUGACGACUACACCUUGCGGCUGUAUAAAGGCUGGGAGACAUGCCAGGUUGUGAUCAGUAACGCUCUCUCCAGUCUGACUGGGACCAAGGAAAGUUUCACAUUUUGCAAUCUGCUGAACAUCAGUGUUUGCCCGACCACUGAAGCCGCUAAAAGUUUUAAUGUGUUCCUGUAUAACCCCCUGGGACGUGCGGCCACGUGGUACAUUCGGCUUCCAGUCAAUGGCGUGGCCUACUCAGUAAGAGGCCCCUCCGGGGACACGGUGACCAGUGAGGUGACUCCAGUGUCUAAAUUCACUAAGGACAUCCGCAGAGAGCGGGGAAAUGCCGAGCGGGAGCUCAUGUUCCAGGCCCAGGUUCCUCCGUUGGGUUUCAGUAAGUUCACUGUUCAGAAAACGUCCACCCAGGAGAGAUUCUUCAUCAGGACGAAGAAGAGAACAAGUCCAACAAAGAUGGAGAAUAAGUAUUACAGAGUGGAAUUUGACCCAGAGACUGGAUUGAUCUCAGGCAUUUAUAAUCUGCAGAAGGGGAUCUCUUUACCUUUAACACAGAGCUUUUACUGGUAUAACGCCAGUAUUGGUAAUGCUGACAGCGCGCAGGCCUCCGGAGCAUAUAUCUUCAGACCCAACCAAUCAAACCCUGUGCCUGUGACGCAGAAUGUCCGCAGUUACCUGGUACAGAACUCCCUGGUGCAGGAGGUGUACCAGAACUUCUCCUCCUGGUGCUCCCAAGUGGUCCGACUGUACUCUGACCAGCCGUACGUGGAGCUGGAGUGGACAUUGGGACCUAUUCCUGUGGGGGAUCACCUUGGAAAGGAAGUGAUCAGUCGCUUUGACUCCAAGCUGCAGACAAAUGGGCUGUUUUAUACGGAUGCAAAUGGAAGACAAGUCUUACAGAGGAGGAGAGACUUUCGGGAGACCUGGUCGCUGGUGCAGACAGAACCAGUAGCUGGAAACUAUUACCCAGUGAACAGCCGGAUCUAUAUUAAGGACAAGAAUAUGCAGCUGACUGUAUUAACAGACCGAUCACAAGGCGGAUCCAGCCUGACCGAUGGAUCGCUGGAGCUGAUGGUCCAGAGGCGGCUCCUGUAUGAUGACGCCCGAGGGGUGGCGGAGCCGCUGCUCGAGUGUGGACAAUACAGCGAGGGGAUUGUAGUUAGGGGGAGACACCUGGUGCUGUUGGACACCCCACAAGAUGCUGCAGAUCUUCAUCGGACUCUGGCCCUACAGGAGUACAUGUCCCCCCAGAUUAUCCUUUCUUCUGGAGAUGGGGUGCCCUAUAGCUCAAAGCAGGACCCAAUCAACCAGUUCUCAGCCCUUCGGGCCCCGCUGCCCGGCAACGUCCACCUCCUCACGCUCGCUCUGCAUGAACCAACGAAGCUUCUCCUCCGCUUGGAGCAUCCGUUCCAGGGCCGUGAGAGCAGUAACUACUCCCAACCAGUCACAGUCAAUCUCCAGGAGCUGUUCUCCACCCUCUCCUUGUCCGAGGUGGAAGAAAUGACGCUGUCGGCAAAUCUGCCAAAGAGUAAGAUGAAUCGCAUGCCCUGGAGAGCGGAGGGAGCUUCAGCUCCUUCAGGAGACCAUUCUUUCUUCCUGGACCCCACAGCGAUCACACUGAACCCCAUGGAGAUCCGCACUUUCCUUGCUACAGUCCAGUACAGAAAGUACACAAACUAGGAUAGCUGAUCACACCUCAAGGGGGCAGGAAG